CUUCAAUCUCACCUUUUCUUCAUAAAGGGCAACAAUGAAAUUAUAGAGAGUUAUAACCCACAGUACCAGAAUUGCUUUUUCUUCUUUCUUUCAUUCUGCUCUCAAUAUUCUCUAGCUUGCAUUAAUGGCUCCUUCUGCAAUCCCCUUUCCUCUGCUCUACCUCUCCUUUGCUGUAUUUGCAUCACUGCUACUUGUUCCUCCAGCUGCUUCAUCUUCAACCCCUAAGCUGCCAACUUUUCCCCCCAGCUCUUAUUACCAUCACUCACUGGCCCAAAGGGCUAAACACUCAGCAGCUAGGCCAAAGCCAAAGCCAAAGCUUCUUUACACUACCCACUAUUUCCCUCAAGUUCUUGACCACUUCACUUUUCAGCCAAAAGGAUACAAGCUCUUCCCCCAAAAGUAUCUAUUGAACUCCACUUUUUGGCAUAAAGGAGCUCCGAUUUUCGUGUACACUGGGAAUGAAGGUGACAUUGAGUGGUUUGCUUCCAACACUGGCUUCUUGAUGGAUGUUGCUCCCAAAUUCCACGCUCUCCUGGUUUUCAUUGAACAUAGGUUUUAUGGGGAGUCGAUGCCGUUUGGGAAUGGCUCAUAUAAGUCAGCAGAGACACUAGGGUACUUGAAUUCACAGCAAGCAUUGGCUGAUUUUGCUGUGGUGAUAAGGAGCUUGAAGCAUAAUCUUUCAUCUGAUUCUUCACCAGUUGUGGUCUUUGGUGGCUCUUAUGGAGGAAUGCUGGCAUCUUGGUUCAGACUGAAAUACCCUCACAUAGCCAUGGCUGCAUUGGCAUCUUCAGCACCUAUUCUGCAGUUUGAUGACAUUACUCCAUGGUCCAGCUUCUAUGAUGCUGUUUCUCAAGACUUUAAGGAUGCAAGCCUGAAUUGUUAUGAAGUGAUUAAGGGCAGCUGGGAUGAGCUGGAGGCACUUUCAGCACAGAAAGAAGGAUUAGCUGAAAUAAGCAGAACUUUCAGAGCUUGCAAAAAUGUGCAGUCAGUAGAUCCAGUUUGGGACUGGUUAUGGUCAGCAUAUGUAUACACGGCAAUGGUGAACUACCCAACUGAGGCAAAUUUCAUGAUGCCACUCCCUGCUUACCCUGUGGAGGAAAUGUGCAAGAUCAUUGAUGGAUUCCCAGCCGGAACCUCAAAGCUCACGAGAGUGUUUGGAGCGGCCAGCUUGUACUACAACUAUUCUCAAACCCACAAGUGCUUCGAGUUGGAACAUGCUCCUGAUUCUCAUGGCCUGCAUGGCUGGGAUUGGCAGGCUUGCACGGAGAUGGUAAUGCCGAUGAAUCGAACAGAACACAGCAUGUUCCCUCCAUCCGGGUUUGAUUACAAAGAAUUCGCUCAAGAAUGCAAGCGACAGUUCGGGGUCAUGCCUCGCCCACAUUGGAUCACUACUGAAUUUGGUGGCAAGAACAUCGAGCUAGUCCUGAAGAGGUAUGGAAGCAACAUCAUAUUCUCCAAUGGAAUGCAAGACCCUUGGAGCAGAGGAGGUGUGUUGAAGAACAUUUCUUCCAGCAUAAUUGCUCUCGUGACUCAGAAAGGGGCUCACCAUGUCGAUUUUCGGUCUGCAUCUAAAGAUGAUCCACAUUGGCUUGUGGAGCUGAGGAACCAAGAAGUUGGGAUUCUGAAGAAGAGAUCGGGAGCUUGCUUGAGGUGUUGUUUGGUGAUAUUCGCGGUGGUUUCGGCUCUGGCGGUUUGCGGACCAGCAAUCUAUUGGAGAUUCAAGAAGACGAUGAGGUUGUCCGAUUCCCAAGUUUCUUCUUGCCCUCCUUGUGCCUGCGAUUGCCCGCCUCCUCUGUCUCUUCUCAAGAUUGCUCCAGGGUUGGCCAAUCUCUCAGUUACAGAUUGUGGAAGCAGUGAUCCGGAACUGAAAAAGGAGAUGGAGAAGCAGUUUGUGGACCUGCUAACUGAGGAGCUGAAGCUGCAGGAAGCCGUCGCUUUGGAGCACGCUCACCACGUGAACAUCACAUUUGGCGACGCAAAGAGAGUGGCGACUCAGUACCAAAAAGAAGCCGAGAAGUGCAUCGCUGCAACGGAAACUUGCGAGGGGUCCAGGGAGAGGGCCGAGGCUCUGUUGCGUCGGGAGAGGAAGAUCACUGCUUUGUGGGAGCGAAGGGCCCGUCAAGUUGGCUGGGAAGAAGAGUAAGUGUAGUUUCUCACCAACAUGAAAGAAGAAGACUCAUCUAUAGCACUCACAACAAUAGUUCAUUGUUGCAUCAAUUUUUAUUUUGGCAAAAAGGAAGUAUUCCCAAGGCAUACAAAUAUGGAAAAUGCAAGUAGUGACAGGAUGCAGGGUUUGGUAAAAGCACUUUUGUAAUAGACAGAUUGUUUGCAUUUUUUCAGCUGCUAAACCAUUGUAAUGUUCACAGGGCAAAAAAGACCCUAUUAAGCCAUUUGGUUUAUUAUAGUUUAAAUAGACCUCAGGGCUCAGUCUUGUAUGAUGUAUAUUGGGCGUUCUUCUCUUAUAUACCUUCUAAUAUGAUUUUAGGUCAGGC